AUGGGACAAACCUUGACUGGUCAGCACAUGAUCCUGACUUCAACGCCACUGAACACCUUUGGGAUGAACUGUAACGGAGAUUGUCGAGAAGUCAAUAGUGACUUGACUGAAGACCCUUCACUAGAUGUACCUAACAGUGGUUAUCUUAAAACUCCAGUCCAUGUUAUACCUGACUUGAGUGCUGAUGUCUCACUGGCUAUAGUCUGUUCCACUGACGUCCCUGGAGCUGACGUCCCACAAACCACAGUCUGUGCAGCUGAUGUCCCUAGUGACGACGUCCCGCAAGCCACAGUCUGUGCAACUGACGUCCUUAAUGCUGACAUCCCGGAAGCUACAGUCUGUGCCACAUCCGAUGGCGUCCCUACAGCUUUUUUCUCAGCCACGUCCAACUGUAGUGAUGACGCCACUGCAGGUUUUUUCUCAUCCAUGUCAGACUAUAGAGUCCGUCAAGCUCCAGUCCGGGCAGCAGCAGUCUGUAGAGUCAAAGUGCCCAGAGCUACAGUCUGUGCUGUUCCCGACAGUACUGUUUACGUCCCCCAAGCUUUAAUCCGUCCUACGGCCGACUGUAGUGCUGACGUCCCGCAAGCCUCAGUCUGUCAGACACAGGACACUGUGUCAUCUCUGUUGAGCGAUCUGGAGGACAAUGAUACACUUAUUAUUGACAUCAGUGGAUGCAGUUAUGAAAUCAGCAGUCAGCUGGGUGAAGGAGGUUUUGGAACCGUUUAUGCAGCAACUCGUUUGGACGAUGGCUUUCAGGUGGCAGUAAAAAUCGCUUCCAAGAGGAACACGAAAUUCAUCAGCAUUGACGGUUAUUCCAAACCUCUUCCACUGGAGGUCGCUCUGCAAAUUCUUGCGAAUCAAGGCCCCAGGGUUCCUGAAAUCAUCCAGCUUUUGGACUGGCAGAUGGAGCGUGAUCACUACGUUAUUGUCCUAGAGCGACCCAUGCCCUGUCAGUCCUUGUACGAAUUUAUGGAGAGCUACAAGGGCUCCAUUAAAGAGGACAUGGCACGGGCUAUCAUGCGCCAGGCAACACAUGCAGCUCAGACGUGCUGCCAGCGUGGGGUGUUUCACAGAGAUAUAAAGCUGGAAAACUUGCUGAUUAACCCGGACACCCUGGAAGUCAAAUUGAUCGACUUCGGAUGCGGUGCAAUCCUUACCAGCGAGGGUUACACGUCCUUUGCUGGCACAGAUGAUUACUACCCUCCCGAGUAUCUGUUCAUCGGCAAGUACCACGGGAAACCGGCGACGGUUUGGUCACUCGGGAUAAUCUUGUUUGCAAUGCUCACCUGGAAAUUUCCAAAGAGACGAGACCUGCGCUUGAUCAAUGAUAAAAUCUGGACCAAACAUGGCUUGUCACAAGAAUGCCAUGAUUUUAUCAGCUGUUGUCUCCAGAUUGACCCAAAGCAGAGGAUUGAAUUGGAGAAACUCAGUCUCCACAACUGGUUUAAGGCAUGAAGAAAUGAGGGGAGAAAAUAAACUAUUGUUAACAACAGGAAGCUCUGUGACAGGAACCCAAUGCUGCUUCAACCCCCCACAUUUUAAUUUAAAAAAUAAAUAAAUUACAUCCAAGGACCAGCCAAGCCACCAGCUGGACAAGAUCAUUCUCCAUAAGUGGAUAAUGAAGUGGAUAAAUGUAUGCUGAUGGACAUGUUCAUAGCCUCCCCAGUCUCAGAGCCGUUAAAAUAUAUAAAUAUAAUAGCUCUGGGACUGGGUAUAUAUAUCAGCAGUGAAAUAUGUCUGCAAUUCGGAUGAAAAAUUCAUCAGUAUUGAUGGUUAUACCAAAUGCUUUCCACUGGAGGUCGCUCUGCACAUUGUUGCAAACCAAAGAUGGCUUGUCACUAGCUGUUGUCAGCAGAUCGACCUAAAGCAGUGGAUUGAGCUGAAAAAACUCAUUCUCCAUUCUUUCUCUCUCUCUUUCUCUUUCUCUCUUUCUCUCUCUUUCUUUCUGUCUGAUUGGGGACUGGGUAAGUAUGUGUAUAUAUGUGUGUGUAUAUAUAUGUAUAUAUACCCAGUCCCUAGACUAUUUAAAGGAAGUAAAAUAAAA